GACAAAGAAGGACAGCUGCUCUAAGAAUAUUGUUCCACGUAACUUCACCAAUAAAACUGAUUUCAAUUUUGUAAGCUGAAGAAUCCAAAUGCAAAGAAAUAAUAAUAAAAAAAGGGAAAGUGAAAGAGAAGAGAAUAUCAGAAGAUGAAGAAGAAGAAGACUGUCGCUUGUUGCCACGUGUACGAUUAUAACGAAAUAAAUGCAUCCCAGAAGAAAAAUCCCAUUUUUUUGUCUUAACAAGCAAGAAAUCAUUAUUAUAUUGAACCAAAUACCGCACCGCGACCACCUUUUCUUGGAAUUCCUUCCCCGCACAGAGAGAGAGAGAGAGAGAGAGAGAGAGAGAGAAAAUGGCAACUAGUGAAGAAACCCUUGAGUUGGAUGAUUCGAACGGCGAUUCAAAUGUCAAGCUUAAAUUAAGGUUCAAGGAUCGAUCCGAGAAAGUGGCUCAGACAAAGGAGAUGCUGUCCAAACAAGCCGUUAAGAUCGCCAAACAGGCCGAAGAACACGAAAGAUUCAUAAACAAGGUGACACACUUGAUGGGGGUUCUUGGCUUCGGAGGAUUUUGCUUUGUUUUGGGUGCAAGGCCGCAAGAUGUUCGAUAUUUGUAUUGUCUGUUCUACGUAAUCUUUGUUCCCCUUCGUUGGAUAUACUAUCGAUACAAAAAGUGGCAUUAUUAUCUUCUCGACUUUUGUUACUAUGCCAACACCAUCUUCUUGAUCAUGCUGCUUUUUUAUCCGAGAAACGAGAAGCUUUACAUGGUUUGCUUCUCGUUUGCAGAGGGGCCAUUGGCAUGGGCACUAAUCGUUUGGCGCUGCAGCUUAGUUUUCAAUUCCAUGGACAAAAUAGUUAGUGUCUUCAUACAUCUCUUGCCCGGGUUAGUUUUCUUCACAAUUCGAUGGUGGGACCCGGUAUAUUUCGCAGCCAUGCAUUCCGAGGGAACCAUCAGUAGAGAAUCAUGGCCUUACACCGAAAACAAAUCUUAUCUCUGGACAUGGCUGUUUAUUGUUCCUUUAGUCGUUUACAGUAUUUGGCAGCUUCUUUAUUUCCUCGUUGUUUACGUACUUCGUAGACAACGAUUACUUCGUGAUCCGGAAGUUAUGACUUCCUACAGGGAACUUUCGAAGAAAGCGCAGAAAGCAAAUAACAUGUGGUGGAGAUUGAGUGGAUUGUUGGGGGAUCAAAAUCGGUUGUUUAUGUAUACGGUGCUACAAGCUAUGUUCACACUAGCAACUACGGCUCUUACGGUACCGAUAUUCUUGUCGUAUGAAUUGCAUGUGAUUUUUCAGAUGCUUAAAGUUUCUGCAGCCGUGUGGAAUGGUGGGAAUUUCCUGCUCGAGGUUAUGCCGAAGCAAGUUAUUCUUAAAGAGAAGAAGAAAAUGGAGAUGCACCCGAUUCAGGAUCGAACACAGGUACAAAAUCUCGUCGAAGCAGAUAAAUCUUCUGAGGUAGUGGAAUCCUAGGAUUUUUGAAACUCGUGUGUGUGUGUGUGUGUGUGUGUGUGUGUGUGUGUGUUUUCUAAGAUUGUAAUGAGAGAACUUGUUAUGGUUGAUUUAAUUCAUUUCCAGCAGCCCGGCAAAAUAGUGUCAAAUGGGCUAAAGAAAUUGACCGACCAGCCUGGCAAAAUAGUGUAAAAUAGGCCCAAUAAAAUGCUAAAUGUAUACUCCAUAAUCUUUUCAUUUCUUGAUAAAUUCUUGCUAGAAA